AUGACGGACAUCAUCGUGCCCACGCUGCAGUUGAAGAUCUUCGAGGAGGUACCUCCAGAGACGAUCCAGCUCGCGUACAAUGUCUACAGAGAGGUCGGAAGAGAGGAUUGGAGGAGGCCCGACUGGUACAAGUCUUUCGGCCCGAAGGCAUCCGGGCUCAAGGAUCUGUGGGAUGACUGCGAAAGCCUUGAGGCGCACCUGCAGUUCCGAACCCUGUACAUGAAGCACUGCAUGACGGAGUUGCUUGAGCUCGUAGCGGACAAGGAGUUCAAUAUCACUGAUUUUGAAGAUUUUGCAUCAUACAAGGAGUCACUUAUCAAUAUUUGCAGGUGCGGCGAGAAGCUCUUGACGACGAGCCUGGCAGACAUCGCCGUUUUGGACGCAAACAAGAACAAAGCCGAUGAUUGGAUACAAUUCUGGACUCGAGUCUUGAAGAAGGGUACUCAGCUCAGUUCUGGCCAGAUGCAAAGACGCGACGAUCAUGAGUGGGAGGAGCUGCAGAAACAGUGGACCUCAUCAAUUAGCAGGCAGAAGGUCGAGGAACUUCGCGAGCUAUUAUCGGCCCAGCGUGGCGUACCACUGGAAGAUCUCAAGAGGACUCUGAAGGACAAUAUCGUGAAGGAGCUCGUCGCAGACAAGCUGGUAUGCGAGAAGAGGGCAGAGGACAACUUGGCUAACGAGUGGGAGAAGUUGAAGAACGGCGCCCUCGAGUCGCUGACUAAUGGCGUGGACGCGGACGGCGUGGACGUGCCCUUGGAGGGCCAGGCUCCAGAUGAUGGAGGCGACGGCGGCGACGCUGGCGACGCCAACAUGAUCAAGUUCAACACGCAGCUGGACUCACACGUGCUGGCUCAAUGGAACGCUGGAGUCUAUGCAAGCAUUGUUCAGUCUUGGAUGCUCUGUCAACUUACAUCAGGUGAAUACAGUGACAAGGGGUUGGACAACAUCGUCUACAAGAUGCCUGUCAAGACUGACGCCAUGGGAAAGCCGAUCACGCGUUUGUAUUGCCGCCCUGAAGGGGCCGACGCGGUGAAGUUCUUCUUCAUGGGGCGGGUCUCCGCAAGUAUGAAUGGCCAGUCUCUUGGAUCCAAGAUCUUCGUUGACGCAGGGCCUGUCGAUCACUGCCAGACUCAUCGCUACUUCGUCAUGCCAGUGCAAUCGACCAUCGUCCCCAACACCCCGACGCCAGCCUGUGCAUGGAUGGUUCGAGCCGUGGGGACGCCGACUGAUGACGACACAGAUGAGAACACGAAGGCCAAGGAGGAUCCUCCUACAAUGAAGUUCGAGUACGUGGACGUUACACUGAACGACUGCUGCAAUGGGAGCAAGAAGAUCCCCGACAUCAGCGUGACCUUGACCUACCUGGUCAUCGAUCGCAGCUUCUAUGCGGAUCCUGACGGCAACGAGGAGUUCGAGCUGAAGCGCCCGUACUUACCCUGCGAGGUGGCGGCGAACAAGCUGAAGCUCGAGCGCAAGCAGGAGCGGGAGAGGAAGGCCGCGCUCGAGAACUCGGAGGAGGGCAUCCUGCGCAAAAUCGGCAGGCACCUUCUGAAGUAGGCCCCAGGUGGGGCCCAGCACCUGCGCCCGUGCACGACGCGAGUGGAGGAGUAGGAGGAGGAGUAGGAGGAGGAGAAAAGGAGGAGGAGGAACAGAAGAGUGAAGAGUAGAAGCACGACGGCUGGGCUAACGCCUGCUCCUCCCCACCCGCCUCCCAGGAAGGGGGGGGGGAACGCUCGCCGCGCUGCUGGCCGUUCGCCACUACUGGGAAGGCCGCGACGCACGAGGCGCGAUUAUUUGCUCUCUCUGCGCUCCCCUCGUCAGAUGUCCGUGCCCAUUCUCGGUGUCCCGUCGUUUUUUUUUGUUUUGCCACUUGGCCUCGUGGGGCCCAGGGAAUUUCGCGAACUCUGAUCGCGGCCCUUGGGGUGGCCCCUUC